CGGAGCGCUGGCUCUCUGAGGAAGGUCUCAAUGCCGCGGCCAGUUCUUGGAGUGGUUUUCACCUGCUAGGACUACGCAAGUUCGCGGUCCGCGUUAUCCUCACCUGUGCCUGUUUCCUGUUCUUCCCCGAAUUCCCCGAAUAUCGUCAUGGAUUUCGCUCAGCCAGCGUGAACCCGUCGCUCGUCCACGUCUCUGGCUCCGCUGUAUUCGUACUCUGUUCGAUUCCCGAUCGUUUUUAAGUGUUUAGUGUGACUUGAAGUGAACGUGGCACUGCGGAUUAAGUGUGUUUAGUUGGUGUUCGCGUGCGUGUUUCGGAAUUCUAGUGUUGUGUGUACUUCUUACCUCACUUUCCUCCGCGCUGGAAUAUGGUUUCAAUUUGUUUCAAGUGAGAACGUGAAAUAUAAAGCCGUAGCUAUGAAACUCUACAGAAUGCAAGGUCACCGCGGGCAGCCGGACUCCACUCCUAUCUGUCGGUGUCGAGUCCUGUAUUUAGGAUCGGCGGUCCCCCACGAGACGAAGGACGGUCUCCAGGGGAUACAAGGGCCCCUGAAAGAGCUGUACCCUGAGCAAGGAGCCAUCGGCGCCCGGGGCAUAGAUUCGUGGCUCAGUGUCUGGAGCAACGGAUUGCUCUUGGAGAAUGUCGACGAAAAUCACCGCAAGGUGACUAGAUUCUUCCAAAUCGAAACGCUGCACUACUGUGCGGCGGUUAGGUAUGUUUUGGUGCCAGAGAAGAACUCCGUUUCUUCAUCGUCCCAACCCAGAUUCUUACCUUUAGAUUCGCCUUUUGCACGAUCCCCUAACCUCAAUCAUCCUCCGCUGUUCGCGGCGAUCCUGAGGAGAACAACCGGUAUCAAAGUUUUAGAGUGCCACACAUUCAUCUGCAAAAGAGAGAUGGCAGCCAAUGCCCUCGUGAGAUGCUGUUUCCACGCGUACGCGGAUUCCUCUUACAUCCGGCAAAUCGACGGCAAUACCAAUAGUGUUUACGGAACCCUCCAGCGUCAGGCAGCGUCCAACGGUAACGGAAAUGGAGUCGCUGAUAAGGUCGACGGCUGGCAAAGAAUGGCAUCGCCGCCGAACAACACAGGCAGCACCUUGACCCUAAACAGCACCCUGCAGAACGCAGGCAACACGAACGGGACGAUGGAUCUAAGUCAUGAGGAGAACUCAGCCGACGAGAUUUCGAUUUACAACGGGGAUGAGAACCACAAAGUCUGGGCCGGCAGCACGCGAGACGGCUCGGCCGACCGGGAGGGGAUCUACGGGGAGUACGGCGGGAGCACGAUGAGGUCUUCAAGGUCAAGUCGACCCCGGCAAAUUGAAAAUGCCCCGGUGCCACCGCCUCCGCCGAUCAAAGAGGACAAGAACAAGAAGACGAAGGAUCGGUCGCGGAGGAAGAAGAUGACGGGCGGCAGCCGGGAGGAGAUGCACCUCAUGAACGGGUCCCUGGCCCGGCCGGGCACCUCGCACGGGCACGGGCCCGGGGUUAACGGAAUGCGAUCGUCGAGCUCCGUCGGUGGCACUCUGAUGCGGCACCCGCUGCCCCCCAACAUUUACUCGAACGGCACCAUGCUGCGGCCGGCCUCGUCGCAAUUAAACGGGUUCCACCCGGCGACUCCUCAACCAAUUAUGUUCGUGCCAACGUCGACUUUACCACACUCCAAGAAGAUCAUGGCCAAUACGUUCUCGCACCGGCCGACCAAGAACGGCCCGGUCAUGAUGCAACGCCCCCAUCUGCCCCCCAACUUCAUCCCCAUGCCCCCACACCCCAUCUACGUCCCGGCCGCGCCCGGACGAAAAAUGUCCAAACACCACCCGGUCCCCCCGCCGCUCACGAUGGAGGAGCCCAUCUACAUGCCGUCGACCAGACCCAUGAGCCCUGUCGCCUCCUACCAGCCCGGGCAUUUCCCGCUGGAGGCCUACCUCAUGCAGCACUACGCCACCAUGGACGUCAAAGCCAACAAGAAGAAGUCGAAAGAGUCCAAGAACAAGAAGGGAGUCCCUCUUGUGCCUCUGCCCGUGCCAAUGAAUGGGAUGCCUCACCCUCCUCACCCCCCUCCGCCACCGAUGAGGGCCGACGAGGAGGAAGACAUGGACGAGGAGUCCCCCUACGAUACCGGCAUUUACCGACGCAAAGGGCAUCUCAACGAGAGGGCCUUCUCGUAUAGUAUCCGACAGGAGCACCGAUCCAGGUCUUACGGGUCCUUGGCUAACCUCAAGUUCGCGGCCACGCCGAUCGUACCAGACGGAGCCAUCAGCGCCGACUCGACGGACGCUAAUGUAAAUAAAACGGAUAUCAAAAAGGAACGGGAGAUCAUGCAGAUGAUGCAUGAUUUGGAGCUGUCCGGUGACGAGCUGGAGAGAUCCGAAGUGCCGGCUAGUAUGUAUCAACCAAAUAGACAAAGAGCUGGAAAAAUCCGAAGAUAAACUUCUAUAAAUCAGGAACAUGACGUUUUUUGAUUGAUCCGAGGAACAAUGGUGCUGGACUGCGGAGAGGACCCACGAAUGCCGGUUCCGCUACAACUUGAUUCACCACUCAUCGUUGCCGGCACAAGUUCAUCGUUCCCGACGAAUUUGAAUGGAUUCCGACUCGUUUACGAUUUCUCGACGUAGCGUGGCGUCGCUCGUCGCCGUGCGCAUGCGUAGUCCCGAGCGCUCACCAAUAAACGCUCACUAAUCAACGCUCAUCAAUAACCGGCCUCAUCGCGCCCGCUCUCCGAUGGAGCCUUUUGAAUUUUAAUUAACUUCCCACUGUUGUUGUCGUUAUUGUUAUGGUCGAUGUGGUUGUCGUUGUUAGCGUCUUUUUCUGAUUUCUUCUCACUCCGAGUAUCACUGACUUAAGACAAAUAAUAUUCUCGACAACAAAGCAUAUUUUGAAAAAGAAUAACGUAUCCUCAUCUGUACUGCCAUGAAUUUAUACUGCUCAUGCUAGGAAAAAGCGCCGUAUGAACUUUCGGACUCAGCCAAAUUUUCCUCGAACAAAUAUAUAUUUGUUAGGAAAAUCAAUAUAUUUGGAUCGAUUCACCCGAGGCAGUUUCACUACUUUCAGGUUGCCGAAUUUUCUCUUGUGUUUGAUAUUUUCAACCUUCGCGUAAUCAACAUGAUGCCUUAAACCACUCUAAUAGUUAGAAAAAGAGAGAACCUCGCAAUUAUACUGGAAGGAACCACAAGAGGAUCUCAUUACUGUAAGGAAAUGGUUUUACACACGAUUGUAUUGUUAUUAAGAAACCCGUUUCCACACCACCUCAGAGGUAGAGUUAUCAGCGCGUUUUUUUAAAGUGGUAUCCCCAGUAGGCCUAUUCCACCAAAUGAUCGUUUUAGUUUAUAUAACAAAAGAUGUUUGUAUGUAACUAUCAUACAACUAAUCCUUUGGACAAUUUUCGAGAAUGAAGUCGUUCGACACGUUUUGAUAUUUGACAAUGUUUUCCCAAUCCACAUGAUGUUUGAAUUUUUUAAUAAAUCUUUAACUCAUUUUCUGAUAACGACAAGCUAUUUUCCAAUCUAGAAGAGAACUAAAUUCCUCCAUUUCUUUCUUUGAUAGAUGAAUUUUCGAUGAAAUUAAAUCCCAACAUUUAUUUAGCACCACUCCAUGAGAACGAAUAAAAUCGAUUGAAAGAUGACAGUUGUUUAGAAGUAAACGCCUGAAAUCGAAUCGAUGUGAGUGGUUAUGAAGUAGAUUUUCCGGAGAAUUGGGAUUAUUAGACAUCUCAUCGAAGUCAAUGUAAGAUGAAAUCUCUUCUAUGAGCUGCCAUGACAAGUUAUCCGAUUUACAGCUGCUUCAGCGACUUUGGAUGUCAGUACUAGAUCCUGCAAAAGCAAGCUCCAGUAUUGACAUCCAAAGUCGCUGAAGCAGAUAAAUCGGAUCACUUGUCAUGGCAGCUCAUAGAGGAGAUUUCAUCUUACAUUGACUUCCAUGAGAUGUCUAAUAAUCCCAAUACUUCGGAAAAUCUACUUUAUAGCCACUCACAUCGAUUCGAUUUCAGGCAUUUGCUUCUAAACAACUGUCAUUUUCCAAUCGAUUUUACUCGUUCUCAUGGAGUGGCGCUAAAUAAAUGUUCGGAUUUGAUUUCAUAGAAAAUUCAUCUAUCCGAGAAAGAAAUGGAGUAAUUAAGUUCUCUCCUAGAUUGGAGAAUAACUUGUCGCUAUCAGAAAAUGAGUGAAAGAUUUAUUAAAAAAUUCAAACAUCGUGUGUAUUGGGAAAACAUUGUCAAAUAUCAAAACGGCGUUUUUCUUCGGCGGAGCAGUAUAGUUUUUACAGAGGAAUCGUACUUCUGAAUAAGAUUUGGUAUGCAUGAGAGGACUACGAUUUUGAGACUCAUCCAAAAACCAAGGAAAUAGUAAGGCCUGAGAUAGAAAAAGGCUAUUGAAGAGCAUCUGCCUUUUUAUGAUAGAAUACCGUUCUCGCACAAUGAAGUGAAAGAACUAUUUAGGAGAGACCGUCAAUUCACACGAAAGGGUGGAUCGUCAAUCAGGACAAGGUGAGCGUUUAUUGAAUAAUCUACUUUUAUUAGGCAAUUUUUUAAAGAAUUUUUAGGCAAUCGAUGCUCAGCAGCUACGCAAUACCCAGCGGAAGAAUAAUUUCAGGAAACGUCACUUUUUUACGUCGUGUUAGUUUUUUUCUUUUUCUUUUAACUAGAUUUAUAAAUGACAAAGAAGCUCAACAAAAAUAAACAAUCAAAUAUUGUAUCAUAAAAUAAACGCUGUACAUAUGAAUAAAUAAAUAAUAAAAUUUAUACAUUGUAAAUUAGAAUUCUGUACUUGUCAAAUUUUGUAAUUAUUAUUUUACCGUGUAUCAGUAUGGGUCUAGUGCCUUCAAUUCUUAAUAGUGACUAGAUAAUGUGCGAUUAGACUUUGAAAUCCACUCAUGUACCAAGAUUGAUGAGCAGAAAGUAAUAGUAACAUACGAUUUAGGAAUCGGUCCUUAUAAUUCGGAAGCAUUUAGUUGAAUGAUACCGAAAUAUUCAGAGCAUUAAGGUACAGUAUUUAUUAAAUUCAGACUGCUGAAGUUGACAGAAUUAAUUAAGUUGCCAUAGUAUGCAUUUUAUCUGUGUACGCUUAUAAUUAUUAGGUGUAUAAAACCAAUAUCUUCGAAACAAACUUUGGAUUAUGAUGAAACUGUGUAGUUUUUGUAGAAAAAUAUGUACAUAAUGUAUGAUUGUUGCGUUGAAUGUGAAUGGUGAAAUUUUUUUGCAAUUUAGAGAAUUAAGUUCUCUCUCGUUCAAAGUGAUUCUGAACUCUGACUUCCAUUUGCAAUUGAUGUUGUUUUAGAAAUAGUGUAAUGUCGAGUUACAGACUUAAUGGACGUUCUGCUCCAAAAAUCAACACUAUUUCAAAUUAGGUAUUUUAUGCGAGAAUCCACAUCACACAUUCGUUCUUUUUAUCAUAGUGUGGUUGAACGAGAAUAAAACAACAUCUGUUCGUCAUCUGUUCUGUCAUUUUCGUUCGCCUCUAUUCGUGGAUCAAUUUUUCCUAUAUUCUACAUAAAAAACUUCGUUUCUUAAACACCAUAGUAAUCCCAUAUUGUUUUAUAGUUCAGUGAUUCCACACGCUCGAUUGAACCAUCAGCUUAAAGUACAUCGUGAAAAGUUGUGGGAGAAAAAAAAGCGUCGCAAUGUGAGAAACAACUCUUUCAUUUUAACUAAUAUUUGUGCAUACUUAUCAAAAAUGUUCGUUUUUUUGGUAAAUCUCAAUGAAAUGUAAUAUUUCCGUCACUGCGUUCAGCCAAAUUGUUCAUCAGUUGUUAACAAUUUUACAAAGUACCUAGCACUUACAUGAAAUUUUAAUCUUGAUCAACAUCAUGUUGUUCUCACUUACCGAUUAAUAAACCAGAGCAGCGUUCCUUUACUGCACUCUUAAUUGUAUUGUUCCAGAUCUAUACUCCUUUCCAUCGAGUGCGUAUGAUUCUGUUAACCAUUAAUUCAUGUUUCAAAUGUCAUUUAUUUUUCUUUCUUAUAAAUAUCACUCAUCUCCUCCCUACUGUCUCAUACAAGACCAAAAAGUCUGAUUAUGACACGACUAGAGGAAGCCUGAUCCCCGCAAAUAUUUAUACCCUUUCUUGUUUUUCUGUCACUCAUACCGUCAGAUUACUCUUCAUCAACUCAAAACCACUUUUCAAGAGUGGCUUAAAGUACUUCUUAGUGAACUUAGGAAUUUCCAUUUUGUUUUCUUACACACACGUCAAUUGUUAUAAAGAGUUGGCCAAGAAAAAGGAAAUGCUGAAGGGACAUACCUAAGUGUAGGGUGAUUCUGAGUUUAAAUUUCAGUGAGUUAGGAAACCUGACUGAAGAGGAGAUCAAUUUUGCUCCACUAAUGAGACUGACUCAUCGAAAUGCAAACUCAAAAUUGGUCCUCCUUCGUACUUUGCAAGCUCAAGUCUUGUGUUAAAAUAUAAACAUAUAUUUUUAAUGGACUCAUAUUAUUGAGUUAUCCUUCUAUUAUUUGCGCAUUUUGUAUCACGUUGGCUGUAUUUUAUUUUUAAAAAAAAUUAACUGUUAUAAACAUGUUUUUAUGUUGUGUCAUACGUUCAUAUACUUUAGAUGUAAUAAAGUAUUUUUAUUGAAAGAUA